AUGCUGUUUCCCGCAGCGUUCUUCACUCCAACGACUGUUGAGAUUCUUCAGUUCGAGCUUGGUCGGGUCAAGUUCACAUUCCCGAUUUCGGCUGCGAUGUUCAAGUCGUGCCAAAAGUCAUUGGUGCCAUUCUGUCCACCACGUCUUACCGUCCAGUGUCUGCAACCGGUGUAUUGGGCUCGUGUACCGAACGAAACUCUACGAACGACGGCCCUGAAGCUUAGCGAUAUUCGAGGAUGGUCUGUUCUUUGCGACGAUCCGGUUCGUAUCAUGACCGUCUACGUACCGGAGAAGGACGAAUCAUUCGACAUUCUGGAAAUUAUCGAAAAACCAGUUUUCCUCGAUUUCCACCGACAAACACUCAAUCUUUACUGCAAACUGACAAGCCAUGGCAACCAAAAGGUGGCCCAUAUACUGUGCUCACAUGUGGACGAAGACCAGAUCAUGUACGCCGUGAAAAGUCACUAUCUGUCCGGCCCUAUGCGUCAAGGAUACCACGACCUGCUCAUCGCAAUUCAUCUACAAACUCAUGCCAGUGCUCGUCAAUCAAUGAGCAAAGAAUACGUCAUUCCAUUGUGCGAACAACUACAAAAUCAAAAUGUAUUCGAUCCAGACACAGAGACUCGAUACCCUCAAAUUAUGGGAGACGUCUACUCCAUGCUGCCUGUUAUGGUCGCCGAGCCAGUAAAAUCA